GCCAGUCUCAAAACCUGAUAAAUGACGACCUGAACCGGAAAAGCUUACUAGCUCUCGUGAACAGCAUGUAGCCGUCGCUAUACCUAACCCCCGCAUCUCUGUUUUGGAAUAAGUCAUUUUUAAACGUUUUUUACGCUUGAGCCUUUUGGUGUGAUCGUCGACCGUCGGACAUGGGAGUCCCAGCAUUCUUCCGUUGGCUGAGCAGAAAAUACGCCUCCAUUGUUGUCCAUUGUCUCGAGGAGAAGUCCAAGGAGUGCAAUGGCGUCCGCAUCCCCGUGGACACCAGCAAACCUAACCCAAACGAGGUGGAGUUUGAUAAUCUGUACCUGGACAUGAACGGGAUCAUCCACCCCUGCACCCACCCUGAAGACAAAGCCGCCCCUAAGAACGAGGAUGAGAUGAUGGUGGCCAUCUUCGAGUACAUCGACCGGCUGUUCAACAUAGUGCGCCCCCGGAGGGUCCUGUACAUGGCAAUCGAUGGAGUGGCUCCGCGGGCCAAGAUGAACCAGCAGCGUUCCAGACGUUUCCGUGCCUCCAAGGAAGGGGCGGAGCUUACGGAGGAGAAGGAUAAGAUUAGGGAGGAGAUCAUCGGGAGAGGGGGGUACCUGCCACCUGACGAGAUCAAGGAGCGAUUCGACAGCAACUGCAUCACACCUGGGACUGAGUUCAUGGACAACCUGGCUCAGUGUCUGCGGUACUACGUCUCAGAAAGGCUCAGCAAUGACCCCGGCUGGACCAAUAUCACGGUCAUCCUGUCUGACGCCAGCGUUCCUGGAGAAGGAGAGCACAAGAUCAUGGACUACAUCCGGAGACAGAGAGCCCAACCCCACCAUGACCCCAACACGCACCACUGCCUGUGCGGCGCUGACGCCGACCUGAUCAUGCUGGGGUUGGCCACGCACGAGCCCAACUUCACCAUCAUCAGGGAGGAGUUCAAGCCCAACAAGCCACGCCCAUGUGCCCUGUGCAACCAGAUGGGCCACGAGCUGAAGGACUGCUCGGGGACGGCCCGCGAGAAGCAGGGAGAGCAUGACCAGUUUGCAGACGCCAUGCCGGGCUCUGAACAGGAGUUCAUCUUCAUCAGACUCUGUGUUCUGCGGGAGUACCUGGAGAAGGAGCUCACCAUGGCCAGCCUGCCGUUCCCCUUUGACUUCGAGAGGAGCGUGGACGACUGGGUCUUCAUGUGCUUCUUCGUUGGCAACGACUUCCUCCCUCACCUGCCCUCCCUGGAGAUCAGAGAGGGAGCCAUCGACCGACUGGUGGGCAUCUACAAGGACGUGGUCCACAAAACCGGGGGCUACAUCACACACAACGGCUUCGUGGAGCUGGAGAGGGUGGAGCUCAUCAUGCAGGCCGUGGGCGUGGCCGAGGACAACAUCUUCAAGAAGCGCAAAGACGACGACGAAGGCUUCAAGAGGCGGAUGAAGGAUAAGAAGAAGAGGAUGAAGGCGGAGCGGCCCCCAGCCUACAUGACCGGCGGGCAGUUUGCCCCCCAGGCCCUGGGAGGGAGGAACCGGCCCGACACGGUCCAGAACGCCCGCCACCAGGCCUUCGACAUGAGGAUGCAGAACAACCAGGACGCCGCCCAGUCCCUGAAGGCGCUGAUGAAGAACGGAGCUCCUGCGGGGGGGCCCAGUGGGGCCCAGGACGCCCGGGGUGUGAAGAGGAAAGCAGAGGACAGCGACAGCGAGCCGGAGCCCGAGGACGUGGUCAGGUUGUGGGAGGACGGCUGGAAGCAGCGCUACUACAAGACCAAGUUUGACGUGGACUCCACGGACGAGGACUUCAAGAAGAAGGUUGUCCGCUCCUACGUCGAGGGGCUGUGUUGGGUGCUGCGGUACUACUACCAGGGCUGUGCCUCAUGGAAGUGGUACUUCCCGUUCCACUACGCUCCAUUCGCCUCCGACUUCAAAGACAUCAAGGGCAUGUUCUCAGACUUCGAGAAGGACACCAAGCCGUUCAAGCCCCUGGAGCAAUUGAUGGGAGUGUUUCCUGCCGCCAGCGGUAACUUCCUGCCAGAGACAUGGCGGGAGCUCAUGUCCAGUCCUGACUCUGCCAUCAUUGACUUCUACCCAGAUGACUUCGCCAUCGAUCUGAACGGGAAGAAGUACGCUUGGCAAGGUGUGGCUCUGCUACCGUUUGUGGACGAGCGCAGGCUGAGGGCGGCUCUGGGCGACGUCUACCCUGACCUCUCCACGGAGGAAGAGAGGAGGAACAGCCUGGGCAGUGAUCUGCUGUUCGUCAAGAAGAGCCACCCCCUCUGUGACUUCAUCAGGGAGCUGUACCUGGCAGAAUCUCAAGAGGCCACCCAGAUGCCAGCCGAGCUCUGCCAUGGUAUCCAAGGGAUGCUGACCCUUGAUGCGGACCCCAUCCUCCCAGACAAGCCCGUUGAGUCUCCGAUCCCGUCGCUCCGUGACAUCAUGACCAACAGCGCCAUUGGGGUGAAGUUUCUGGAUCCCCAGUUUGAGGGCGACCAUGUGUUCAAGGCCAUCGUCCUUCCUAAAGCAAAGAUGCCGGCCAAGGUCCUGAAGCCCGGGGACUGGGAGGCUGGGAACCGCAACUCGAACCGCGGCAACUGGAGGCCCCAGCUGGGCUUCAACCCCAACAGACAGCAGGCCCACCUCAACCAGUCGGCCCACAGGAGCCUGGGACACACCAUGGGCCGCUCUCAUGGAGGUCAGUACAGCAACGCCCCCCCACCGGGCAACUACCAGGACAAGUACCGCUCACAGCCCUACAGGGGCGGCAGCCAGCCCUCCUACCACCAAAACCGAGAGCAGAGUCUUCUGGGAGCGCCUCCUCGCAUGAACCAGUACCCAAGUCAAUCCAGCUACGGCCAAGGAGGAGGAGGAGGAGGAGGAGGAGGAGGAGGAGGAGGGGGGUACCAGGACCGGGGCGGACGCAACAGCUGGAACCAGGCGGUGCAGGACCAGAGGUCCGGCUUCCAGCAGACAAUGAACCGUGGGGCGAUGGGGUCCUACAACCAGCACCACAGCCAGCGGACCGACGACUACCGCAACCCCCGGGGGGGGCAGCAGCCGCCGCAGCAGCAGGGCUACAACGCGCCACGGAGCUACCCUCCGCCCCCGGAGCCCAGGAGGUAUAACCGGAACUGAGGCCGAACCGGAACUGAGAUGGAACCCAAACUUGGAUAGAACCGGAACCGUGUCCGUUUACGGACUACUGCGCGCGAUCUUUUGAUAAUUGUCUUAAUGUUUUUUUUUUUUUGGCUUUUUUUUUUAAUUUUUAUUUUGUAUAGUCCUAAACGUCUCAUGCAAUGGAUUUUAAAUUUGACCUGUGGGGUGUCACGUGACUACUUUACUUUGAGAGAUUCUCCAAACUGCCGCGUGUCUGUUGUGUAAUAAAAGAGCACGUGGUGUUCGAAUGCC